CAGAAACUCCGAAGUCCAACUUACCCACAUCAUAAACUUGCAAAAUUGUUUUUUGGAUUGGAUUCAAAUGUUACAAUAACACAAGGGCCCAAAAGCUUUCAGAACCUGAAACAGAAAUCCAAAUCGCAAAAUCAGUAAACUCUGUUCGUUAUUCUGAAUUCUGAGACCUUUGCAGAUCGCAAAACCACCAUGGCUGAAGACGACUCCGAUCGCCCUCUCAGGAUUAUGAACUUCGUCUCCGAGGACCAACUGGUGGAGGCUAAACGAACAAGGGGAGAACGAGUCGAAGAUGGAACUGCUCAGAGGGAUAGACCUCUCUACGAGAUUCUAAAGGAGAAUAAAGAUAAGAAGGAUGCGGAGUUUAAUGAAAGGUUUAAGCACAGACCACCUAAAGCUUUAGAUGAAGAUGAGACUGAGUUUCUUGAUAACUAUGAAACAACUAGGAGGGAAUAUGAACGGAAAGUAGCAGACGCAGAAGCUGAAGAAUUACGUAACUUUCAGGCAGCGGUGGCAGCACAAUCCAAUUUUGUGCAUGAAAUUAAGGAAAGAGCCCCUUUACCUAUGGUUCAGGAAGAAAAGUCUGCUGGAGUAAAGAAGAAUCCGUCCUCGCGUCCAUUAAGCAUGAUUAUAAAAGUCAAGCCCCAAGCUAAAAAGGCCAAGGCGGAUGAAAAAAAUGCUGAAGAAGUUUCAAAAGCAGAAACCACUCUCGAGAAUGAUGAUAGUGAACCCCAAGCUAAAAAGGCCAAGAUAGAUGGAGCAAAUGCUGAUGUUUCUAAAGCUGAAACUACUACUGAAAAUGAUAAGCCUAAGUCUUCAGAGCCAGCACAAUCAUUAAAUGCCCUUGUUUCCUACAGUGACGAAAGUGAUGAGGACUUGUAAUUUGAUUUUUGUGUUGUGAUGAGUUAGAGAUCUUGUUCCUUAUCAUAUAGCCAUAGCCUCUAGUUAUCUGUUGUAUAUAUCUUUCAUGCCUAACACUUCCAUUGUGGAUGCCUAAAAGGCAAUAAGGCAUCACAAUCACAUCCAACUUAACCAUGUACAUUUUUUAUUUGUGGAAUAGAAAAUUGAGCAUGAAUAGGAUUUGGCUCUUGUUAAAAUUUAAAUU